AUGUUGGGAUUCACUGGCCUGGAGCUAUUGACUCUUGCCGCUGGGCUCUACGGUGUGUAUCUGCUGGGUCUGGCCAUCUGGCGGCUCUAUUUCCACCCUUUGGCCCGAUUCCCCGGUCCAAGAUUGGCGGCUCUUACGCUCUGGUACGAAUGCUAUUUCGACGUGUUUCUGGGAGGCCAAUACUUCAAGGAGAUUGACCGUCUGCACUCAGUCUACGGGCCCAUCGUGCGCAUCAGUCCGCACGAGCUUCACGUCAAGGAUCCAGACUGGUACAGCGAGCUCUAUCCGCCGGGGAACCGCAAACGCGACAAGUACGCCUGGUUUCUAUCAGAGGGCACCGAUGCCACCAGUUCCGCUACCGUGCAUCAUCAUGUCCAUCGCCAGCGCCGCUCGACCCUUUCCCCCAGUUUCUCCAAGCAGUCGAUCCUCAGCCAUGAGGCCACGUUGAUUGAGCCCGCGAUCUCAGCCAUGUGCGAGUCGCUUGACGAAUAUGCCCGUCAAGGGACCCCCGUCGUUCUGGGAACGGUCUUUGCCAGUCUCACUGUGGACGUGGUCCUGCAGAUCUGGUUUGGGGCGUCACCCGGCCAGACGAGACGUUGGGAUUUCUUCCCAUCGUGGACAGAAACGCUGCCGCCGCUCCUGGGAGGGUCUCAUUUUCUACGUCACUUCCCGCAGGCGUUUCUGCUGUUUGGCGUGUUGCCUUCGUCCAUGGUCAAGGGGAGGCCGGAUUUUGCGUUUAUUUUCAAUCUGCAGGAGGCUUCUACAAAUCUAGCAUCCUCAGCCAUGCGAUCCGAAAAGCCAUCCGUCCUGCGCACGUUGAGAUCGAGCGCCCUUCCCGCGAGCGAAAAAUGCGAACAGCGACUCUCGGCGGAAGGCUUCAGUUUCGUCAUGGCGGCCACUGAGAGUACCGCCCAGACGCUCGCGUCGACGCUGUACCACCUGGUGGACAAUCCUUCUAUCCUGCAAGAGCUCCGAGGGCAGCUGGAAAAGCAGCUGGAGGAGAAUCAGGGCCAUUUGUCCUGGACAGCGCUCGAGCAGCUCCCGUGUCUUCGUCACGUCGUCAUGGAAGGAAUGAGAGUCACGUCCUCCGUCACGGGCCGACUAGCCCGCAUCGCCCCAGAUGAGGUUCUCCAGUACAAGGAGUGGGCUAUCCCCCCUGGAACACCGGUCAGCAUGGACCAUCACUUCACGCAUUUGGAUCCCUCUAUCUUCCCUAAUCCGAAACGAUUUGAUCCAGACCGCUGGGCCGCGGCUGCAGCGGCGGGAAGCCCAUUGGACCGCUAUCUGCUGCCGUUUGGUCGGGGGAGUCGGAUGUGUAUUGGUAUCAAUCUUGCCAAGGCUCUCAUCUACCGCGCCUUGGCUGCCUUGAUACUGCGUUAUGACAUGGAGCUGUUCGAGACUACGAGGGAGGACGUGGAUAUCAUGCGGGAUAAUCUGAUGGGCGCGGUCCAGGCAGGGUCCAAGGGAGUGCGGAUGAAGCUGUCGGAGAGAAAGGAAAAUGGUCUAAAUCUAAAUCGCGCCUAG